ACACCUAAAUAACACCACCUGCUGACGCUUGUUUUAGCUAGCUAGCUAAAAUCUGUACUUAAAAACCUUAUAAGUAGUUAGCUACUAGCUAACACUAACACUGGUAAGAGCGUGUGAGCGGCACUGAAAGAUGUCCCGAGAACAGCUGGUUGUUCAACGGGCCAGAAGGUCCUUCCAGACAGGGAAAAGCAAACCUCUGGAGUCCAGGAUCCAUCAGUUGAAGAGUCUGCUCUGCUUCAUCUCAGAGAGACAGAAAGAAAUUGCAGAUGCCGUCAAAAGGGAUCUCGGCAAGAGUGAACGUGGGACCGAGCUGUUUGAGACACUGGGACUGGAGGGAGAGAUUAAGCUGGCUAUAGAGAAACUGGCAGAGUGGGCGGCCCCUCGGCCAGUAGAGAAGAACCUCCUCACCAUUUUAGAUGAAGUUUAUGUGCGGCCAGAGCCUCUGGGAGUGGUGCUCAUCAUCGGGGCCUGGAACUACCCCUGGGCUGUCACCCUCCAGCCGCUGGUUGGAGCUAUUGCUGCUGGUAAUGCAGCAGUAAUAAAACCAUCUGAAGUCAGCUCUCACUCUGCCAAAGUGAUGGAGGAACUUCUCCCUCAGUAUCUGGACAAAGAUCUGUACCCAGUGGUGACAGGUGGAGUGUCAGAGACCCAGGAGCUGCUGAAGCAGAGAUUUGACCACAUUUUCUACACAGGAAACUGCACCGUGGGGAAAUUGGUGAUGGAGGCUGCGGCUCGCCACCUCACCCCAGUAACCCUGGAGCUGGGAGGAAAGAGCCCCUGCUACAUCGACAAGAACUGUGACAUCAGUGUCGCAUGUCGUCGCAUCACGUGGGGAAAGUUUGUCAACUGUGGCCAGACUUGCAUCGCUCCAGACUUUAUCCUGUGUGAACCCUGCAUCCAGAGCCAAGUAGUAGAAGAGAUCCAGAAGUGUAUCAAGGAGUUUUACACAGAUAAUCCAGAAACAUUUGAGGACUACGGACGCAUUAUUAACCAGCGGCACUUUAAGAGGCUCAUGGCUCUUAUGGAGGGGAGCACUGUUGCUCUUGGUGGAGGCAAUGAUGAAUCCCAAUGCUACAUAGCCCCCACUGUGUUGAAGGAUGUGACCGGGGAAUCCAAAGUGAUGAAGGAGGAGAUCUUUGGGCCACUGCUGCCCAUCAUCACAGUGAGCGGUACAGACGAGGCCAUCCAGUUCAUUAAUGAGAGAGAAAAACCUCUGGUUAUAUACAUCUUCUCUAAUGACAAUAAGCUGAUCAAACGGGUGAUAGCUGAGACAUCCAGCGGAGCUCUGCUGGCAAACGACUGUCUGGUACACUACUCUGUCAGUGCUCUGCCCUUUGGAGGAGUUGGUAACAGUGGUAUGGGCUGUUACCACGGACGGCACAGCUUUGACCAGCUGAGCCACCUGCGCAGCUGUCUGAUCAAACAGCUGAAGAUGGAGGCAGUCAACAGCAUGCGUUACCCCCCCCACACUGCCAAAAAGCUGAGCUGGGCUCGAUUCUUACUGCUCAAGCAGGUCAACGUGUGCACGCUGCAGCGCAUGGCACUGCUGGCCACAUUUACCGGCUUGGCAGCAUUUGUGGCGCAGAAAUACCUGCGGUCACGCUGAGGAAGGAAGCAUGGGGCCUGAGUUCACCGGGGUGAUGUAGGUGAUCCUGGGUCAGCCACAUGGACUCCUCACCUGUAAUACAGCCCACCUGUCAAUUACUGGUCCAUAUUAUUUUUCCUUUGUGUUGUAGACAUAUUUGACUGAUUUCUGUCUUUCAAAUAUGUUUUAAUUGCAUUUGAUUUCUGUUGCAUCUUAAGCUGCUAUCAACAUUUUUAGGAUAAUACUAUAUUUGUAUUUAACUUGGGAAAUGGAGAUUUUUACUUUAAGAUUCCUAACAUUUAUGAAAGUAACGUUAUCAACCUGGCCUACUUUCAUUCAAAACUACACACAAACUGUCUUUUAACAUGGCAAUUCAUCACAGUGUAAAUACCAGGUCUGCUUUUUAAAUGAUGCCAGUUGUGUUUUGACUGUUGUCCAUCACAGUUUCUGCAACUAAACGUUGA